UUUGCCGUGUGGACUGAACCCGGCGCCGGCCUCCUAUCUCGUCGGCCAUGGUGGCAUCUUCCUUCUGCAAGGGAGGCGCCGGCCGGCAGGCCGGCGAUUGGAGGCAAUUUGUUGACGGGCGGAUACGGAGGGACUCGUAUUUUAAACCGUAUUCGAUCUUUUCUUUUCGUAGGAAACAUCAGUACAAGGGGGAGAAAGGUCUGAGUCGUUAGAUGCGAGGCACACAGAUGCGCCGCAUGGAUGGGCGCAUAGCGGCGGCACAGGCAAGCCUCAUCCAUUCCAAGGUUACUGCAGCCAUUAACUGAGACCAACAACGUUGUAUCAUUCCACCAAUCUCUCUUUUUCCAAGGCAUCAGAGAUCUUCUUUCUCCUAAUCUAUUUCUUCAUUUUGAUUCAUCGCUAGUAAAAUAGGAUGGCUUCCUGGCUCUCAGCCUCUCACUGCUCCACAUCUCCAGUUCUGCUCCUCUUACUCUUCCGUGGGUCUGUUCAUGAAGGCUUCACUGGAUCUGAGAGAUUGUUGAGUAGAUUAGGAAUAUUAUAGAAGAGGAACGGGGAGUGAGCGACCGAUUUUCUGAUUUGUCUAUUUGCUGGCUGUUGCUACAUGCAAAGGAAGGAAGCUACAUCGACAAUUCGACAUGGAGCCAUAUGUCGUUAUCCAGGUUCUUUUGUUCCUUGUAUUGAAUGUUUAUCCCCAGAUUGUUUGGUUGCAUUUCUUCCUGAAAAACUUAAGUUCUCAUCCAAUAACAUCAUAUCUCAAGGUAACACGAAAGCAUUAAGUAGCAGUUAGUUUUGACAAGGUUAAUUGCUUUGUAUAUAUGAAUUGAUUGUAUCUUUGUGCCAUCUAGAAGAUAGAUCUUUUGCAGAACAAUAUUCUUUUCUUACUAUCAUGAUGUAGUUGUCUGAAUUGCUACAAAUAAAUAUAUGCGGUGUGAGUUUUGCUAUUCCAAAAGCAUCCAUCUAUGUAUUCUCGAAAAAAUCAUCCAUCUAUAUAUAUACGAGAUUUGCUUUUGAAAUACAUUACAUCCCAAAAAAUUGUUUGUCAACAAGGGCCCCUUUUUAUUGCUCGCCCCGGAGCCCUGAAUAUGUGUGGACCGGCCCUGCUGAUUUGUGUAGGUCGUGUACCUUCUGUCUUGGGGGUAUCUGUGUCGCAUGAACGGUAAGGCAAACGAUGCGUACCACACUACCACUACCAGUGGGGAACCAAUGGAGAGAACUUAACCACCCUCUUUCGCCAUGGAAAUAUCAGAUAAGGAGAGGAUAGCUUAGCGAAGGAUGCUAACUACUCCCUCCAUUCCAUAAUUUUCUUCGUGGUUCAAGUUUAAAUUUGAACUCAAAUCAUUGCAAGAAUUAUGUAACCGAUGGAGUUCUGCAGUUCCGUUUAACCGUCGGUAUCGAUAGUUGAUCCUGACAUUCGUUGCUGUUGCUGUUGCCAGUGUUUGCACCUGAAAAGCCUGUUGGCUGUUGCUGUACAGCGAUAAAACGACCUGAACAUUCGUGGUCUCAACUGUCAACGAAAACAGAAUCCCAAUCAAUCCCCACCUCCAGAGUCCCCAACCACGAUGGCUCCAGGAAUCGCCCCCAAGCCGGCGGCGCCGCUGGUGGCCGCGCAGCCGAAGAAGCCUGGGCACAUGCUCGUGCUCGGCACCGGCUUCGUCGGCCGCUACGUCUCGGAGCGCCUCCUCGCACAGGGAUGGCAGGUGUCGGGGACGUGCACCAGUGCCGCGAAGAAGAUGGAGCUGGAGAAGCUGGGCAUGAAUGCUUCCGUCUUCGAUGCCACCAGAAGCAACCUUGCGAGUCUUCAUGCUAUGCAAGAUGCAACCCAUUUGCUCAUCUCCAUUCCACCCAUUCCUGGAGUUGGUGAUCCUUUGCUUUCUUCACAUACUGACCUGCAAAGAACAUUGACGGAUGGAAAUCUUCAAUGGUUAUGUUACCUUUCUUCAACAGGUGUGUAUGGUGAUUGUGGUGGUGCCUGGGUUGAUGAGGAUCGUGCAGUGAACCCAAACAAAGAGUCUUCCAAGUUAAGAUAUGCUGCUGAAGAAGGAUGGUUGGAUCUUGUGGAUGAGCUAGAUCUAUCGGCUUUUGUGCUUCGUUUGGGUGGAAUAUAUGGGCCUGGAAGAAGUGCUUUGGACACAAUAGCUAAGAGAAAAUCUUUGUCACGAACACAGAAAUUGAGGGAGUCCAAACAGUACACGGCACGAAUCCAUGUGGCAGAUAUCUAUCAGGCUAUCCUGGCUAGCAUGGGCGUCAGAUCUGCAAGGAAAAUAUACAAUGUGGUGGAUGAUGACCCUGCCCCGAGAGCCGAGGUCUUUGCAUUUGCUCAGAGCUUAAUAGAGAAAAUAUAUCCUGAUCUCGCAACAGAUUCUGCAGGACCAGACAGUCAGGAUAGAAUAAUAGCUGGUGAAAAACGGGUCUCUAAUGCCCGAUUGAAAGAGGAACUCGGCGUUAGGCUUGUUCACCCAUCUUACAGAUCAGGGCUGCAGAGUAUUCUUGAUUCUUGGCUGGCCGAGUCCACUACUUCGAGUAAAAUGUAGCAUGUGCACAUGCACAGCCAGUAGCAUGUUUCUUUACUCCUGGUCCUGGGUUUGGAUCAUACAACCAGAACCUGUAAAUGAUACUGCCACUGACAUGACAGCAGGUGUACCUGAGACUGAAUGUUUGAACUAUGUUCUCAA